UCUAGUCACAUGAUCUUCAGCCCUUUCUCAGACCCGGAAGUAGCAGUCGAUUCCAUGGCUGCAGAGGGUAAAGAAAGUGAAGAACUGACAAAGUCAGAAGAUUCAGAGGACUCAGAUUCCAGUGGAGAAGGAGGUAGUACAACAGAAAUGGAUUUUUUGCGCACACUUUUCUCUCGGACCCUGGGUAUCAGCACUCCUGAAAAAGUCCUUGAUGAGCUGAGCCUAGAAGGAGUGAGCAAGUUUAUGCUUAGUGAGAAAUGUAAGAAUGUAGUGUGCAUGGUGGGAGCUGGCAUCUCUACAUCUGCUGGAAUUCCUGAUUUCCGUUCACCUGGCAGUGGCCUGUACUCUAAUCUACAAAAAUACAACUUGCCAUAUCCAGAGGCCAUCUUUCAAAUCGGAUUCUUUAAGGAAAAUCCAGAGCCAUUUUUUGCCCUUGCUCGAGAACUGUACCCUGGACAAUUCAAGCCAACAAUCUGUCACUAUUUUAUACGUUUGUUAAAGGAAAAAGGUCUGUUACUGCGUUGCUACUCUCAGAAUAUUGACACACUGGAGAGGGUGGCCGGGCUGUCCUCUGAUGACCUAGUGGAGGCUCAUGGAACCUUUCAUACUUCCCACUGUGUUGGGACAUUUUGCAAGGCAGAAUAUUCCCUCUCCUGGAUGAAAGAAAAGAUUUUUUCUGAUGUGAUUCCAAAAUGUGAGAAAUGCAACCACUUAGUCAAGCCAGAUAUUGUGUUCUUUGGUGAAAGUCUGCCAUCUCGGUUCUUCUCUACUGCCAAGUCUGACUUUCCCAAAAUUGACCUCCUUAUUGUGAUGGGAACCUCUCUACAGGUGCAACCAUUUGCAUCGCUUGUCAGCAAGGUUCCCAUCAGUACACCUCGACUUUUGAUUAACAAAGAAAAGACAGGAGAGGGGGAAACAUUUUUCAGUUUCCUUGGUUUGGGAGGAGGAAUGGAUUUUGAUUCAGAUAAGGCAUACAGGGAUGUAGCUUGGCUUGGAAACUGCGAUGAUGGAUGCCUUGCACUUGCUGAAUCUCUGGGAUGGAAGGCCGAGUUGGAAGAACUGGUUAAAAAGGAACAUGCAGCGAUAGAUGCAGCAUCACAGAAAAGUGAGAAAAAAACUGAGCAAAAAGAAGAAACAAAAACUGAUCAGAAAGAAGAAAAGAAGGAAUGAACAACUUAUCUGUUCUGCCUUGCUGCCCGUGUCGGUCAUUUUUGCCGACAGAUUCACUUUAGCAUUGCUGAUAGCAGUAUUUUAGAAUUUUGAAAAUAACUCCUUAACCAUGGCCAACUCAAUAAUAAAUCUGACCAGAAAACCAGUUCCCCAUAUUCUCAUGUAAGUGGCAUACUUUAUAGCACCACAGAUCAUCUAGUAAUUACUUACCAGCGCACCUUCUCUUCAUGAUUCCUGAAAUUUUGAAACCGUUUUGCCUUUAGAAAGUUAUCUGCAUUGCUAUAGUGUUUGAAUGUGGCUGAGCUGUUUAUAGAAACUCCAGUACUGAAGGGACACUUCAUGCACCAUAACCACUACAACACAGUGUCUUGGUAAAUGUGCAAAGUGGCUAUGGAGUCUGUCACACGUUUUGGAGAAAUGUAAAAAAAAAAAAAUCUGAUCUUUUCCAGGUACCCUUAGAUUCUCCCCCUCCCUAGUGGCAUUAAUAACAUUGAAUUUACAUUUCUGCAUUAGCAAUAUGAAUUCCAUUUGAUCUGAAUAGUAGGAAAUGGUCUAGAGCAUUGGAAGCAAAUGAUAAAUUAUUCUAGAAAGAAGCAUGUUAUAAGUCCCAGGGAGAGCUCUGCUUUUUUGUCAAAGGAAAUGGUUAGAGAAAAAACGUAUUAGUGCCAUAAGUGCUUACACUGAGCUGAAGUGGUUAUGGUGCUUUGAGUACCUCUUACUCAGAAUAUUUUAGUAUGAUUGUCAUAGAUCAUUAUAAAAA